GUUUGUGUGUGUGUUUGGAGGCUCAGUGUGUGCUGCUGCAGCUGGGAAAAAGAUUUUUAAACUGGCACAAGUCUAGAGCUUUUUAGAGAGGAGCUCAUUCUACAGCCUUGACACUGGAAGAGAGAAAGAGAGAGUGUGUGUCUGUGUGGGAAAGAGAGAGAGGGGGAGAGAAGGAAACUGUGGGACAGAAAUCUCUUUUCAACAGACUGUAAGCACAGAUUCUCUUAGUUGCUGUGAGGACCGGUGAACUUAUUGCUACGGCUUAUCCUGCUGCAUUAUUUAACCUCCAUCUGCAUUUGUUAUGGGUGUACAGUGAGUACAAACAAAUAAAAGGAAUUUACAUUUACUGAGCAAACAGCAGGGACCAUUAACCUCUGGCACCUUGUCAGGAGAGGACUGUGGUUCUCCUGAAAGUUUGGGCACAAGGAUCCAUCAUCAUGGCAGACAACAUGACUCAGGAAUCUGAGUACCUGCCUGGGAAGGAAGAGGUAGACUGGGGCUACGAGGCAGGGGUGGAAUGGGGCCUGCUCUUUCCAGAGGCUAAUGGGGAGAAUCAGUCCCCCAUAAACUUGAACUCCAGAGAAGCACGUUAUGACCCCAGGCUGCUAGAGGUGUGCCUAACACCCAACUACGUGGUUUGCCGGGACUGUGAGGUCAUCAAUGAUGGGCAUACCGUGAGGAUCAUGCUCAAAUCCAAAUCAGUGGUGACAGGAGGUCCUCUCCCCAGUGACCACGAGUACGAGCUCCAUGAAGUGCGUUUCCACUGGGGCAAGGAGAACCAGAGGGGUUCUGAACACACUGUCAACUUCAAGGCUUUUCCCAUGGAGCUCCACCUCAUCCACUGGAACAGCACACUGUUUAACAGUGUCGAGGAGGCCAUGGGGAAGAAGAAAGGCAUCCUCAUCAUCGCUCUCUUCGUGCAGAUUGGAAAGGAGCACCUCGGCCUGAAGGCUAUUACGGAGGUGCUGCAGGACCUGCAGUAUAAGGGAAAGACAAAAAUAAUACCAUGUUUCAAUCCAAAUACAUUGCUACCUGAUCCUCUAUUAAGAGACUACUGGGUGUAUGAAGGAUCUUUAACAACACCUCCAUGCAGUGAAAAAGUCACCUGGAUCCUUUACCGUUAUCCAUUAACUAUCUCACAAAUGCAGAUUGAGGAAUUUCGACGGCUGAGGUGCCACAUCAAAGGGGCAGAGCUCCCCGAGGGCAGUGAUGGGAUGUUGGGUGACAACUUCCGACCCACACAGCCUCUUAGUGACCGAGUAGUGAGGGCAGCCUUCCAGUAGCCCCUGGUGCCCCCAAACCACCUUUAUCCUCCGCAGCAAGUGAAGAACAAUUUGAUGAAGGAGGCAGAAUGAACCCACUAAGUGAACAUGGAUUGCAUGCUAUUGUAGUCAAAAGGGCACCAAUCCAUACUUUGAGCCUGGCAGUAACGGUUGGCACAGAUAGCUCCGGCUUUGAACUCUACCAUGAGAUACAGCAGCGCUGGGUCCCACAGGAGCUGUCAGAACCAGCACAUGAAGAUACUGCUCAAUAAAAUCUCACCAUUCCCACAUCUUUAUAAAUGUGCAGAAAUUUACAUCGAAUGGAAAGAACUGAAGCUCUGUCAGCAUAUGUCAUGGUUUGUUGUCACCUGAUAUAAAUUGUCUGAGUUCUUUGUGAAUCCCGGUCAUACGUUAUAUUAUAGUCAUAUCCAAUAAAGAAGAGAAACAAAAUGGAAUAUAAAGAUUACUUGUAGGACACUUUAUUAAAGAUGUACUGAACAAACACAUGCAGUAAAACAGCAUUUGCUUAGUCAUACUAGUGUGGUUUACUAAUAUAAUGGAAUCUAUGUUCUAUAGGUAAUAAUAUAAAUUAAACACAUUUUUUUCCUUACGUUGCUAAGCAUUUUAGAGUUUCAACGUUUUACACCUUUCAGACCAUCUCACAUUGUUUAUACUGAAUGUAAAUUUUUCACAUUUUCUCACUGUAACACACAGGAUCACUGUUUCAGUCUACAUUUCUGGUCAUUUUAGUUUUGCAAGGCAUAUUGCAAUUUAAAAAGCAUGUUGCAUAAUAUUUGCUGUUUGUAGAUGAGAACAAAAUUUGGUGUUCGGGAGCCAUUUAUUGAUGUUAUAUUGUAGAACCUAUUUAAAAUUGCUUCCACUUGCCACCAGAAAGAAGUCCAAUACAGCAUCAAACCGAAACAUCUCCACCAAUCCCAGGAGCACUUUCCCUUUAAUGUUUAUAUUAAGCUUUUCAAUCACUUUAGGUUUAGUUUGUAUUUUCACAUGCAGAAUCUGCAUCUGAUGUGUUCUGUCUAAUGUGUUUUAGUUCAACUUUGUCAUUAGAUUUGUGAGUUAUCUCAGCAAAGCCUGACCAAUACGUGCAGUGUGUCUUAAUUUAGCAGAAUGAAUAUCCAGUAUAAUACACAGAAAGGUGAAAGCUGUGCAGUUCUUUAUAUAAGCCAGACAGAAGCGAUUGCACAAUAAAUAAAAAGUAAAAAAGAUAUUUAAAUUUACAUUUAGCAGAUGCUUGUCCAGAUCAACUGACAGAAGUGCUUGGUCAUCUCUGUGGAAGGUUUUUUAAUGCUAGUACAAUCUAAGCCAGAUGUCAUUUAAGGAGACCUGUCAGCCAUGUUUAGUCAGUUGAAUUCAGAAUAUUUUAGUCCACUUUAAUGGUUUGUUUUAACAGUGCUUUAUACAUUUGCAGAGUUUUGAAAUUUGUGCAUUCAAAUAUUAGUUUACUAAAUUGUAAACUACCAAAUUAAAGUGUAAAUUACUAA